GACUCUUAAGAAGUGGAUAAGCGCGUGUUGCAACACGCUCCAGCAGUGGACGAUAACAUUAAGGCGUCGUCUUAUCUGUGUUCUUCGGCUCUUGAUGACUCCCUCUUGUGAUUGUACAAUAAAAACUGAGUAUCUGUCUAUAAACUGCUAGUUUCAUCGCCUACCAGAGUCAUAUAAACAACACGGUAUGACAGACACUUAAUGAAUAAUUACAUUGAAGCGUGGGGUCGUCUAGAUGCACAUUGUAACGCUUUACUAUAUUUUUUUUCAUAUUUAUUAUUGCUAUUUCAACCUCCCUAUCUUCCAAUGUCGGGGAAAAUGUUAUCUGUUUUGUGCCAUCCCUCCAAAGUUUUCUAUAUAUAGAAAAACCCCAAAACUUUGAGGAUUUCUUCAUAAUAACAAGUAUUUGUUAUUACUACCGUAUUUAGGUCGAUUCUUAUGUGAGCUAUUUCACUAAAACAAGGACUCGUUUCAGGGCUUUUUAUCAACUAUCUUACAUUUGUCGUUUCUGGAUAAAUAGUACAGUAAAGUUUCACAGAACUGCCUAUUUAUGGAUUCGUUGAGUUACCGUUAGCUAGUUUGUUUUUUGUUUCCUCGUGUUUGAGGCCACUAGUGUGUAGUCCUCAAGCGUUUGAUCUCUACUGGUUGAUGUUUGCUAUUGGCCAGGUGUUCAGUCAACAUCGUGGUUUUUUCUGUCCUAUCGAAGGUUCCAAUGAAAUUCAAUCCUGUGUAGACUUACGAUGGACUUCUGGUUGAGUUGUUGCUGCUCAGACGUGGUGAUGCUAAACAAAAUUCCCAUGUGCAAUGGGAACUUACAAAUAUAUUUCGCAUCAUAUCCUUGUUAAAGUCAUUUCCAAAAUCCCACUGAUGAAAUUCUUCUAUGCCUCAUUUUUGUGUAAUGCUACACUAAUGAGUUUCUGCAUAUGUAGACAAUAAAGCCGUGAUAUUAGUAAAUUUAGGACUCUUUUCAGCCAUUGUAUCAAAUCUGUGACAAUAAUCUACUUAUGUUUUGCCUCUCCUUCCUGGUUGUGACUGCAGGCAGGGUUUCAAAGGAUUUGAGCACGAGCACUUACUGUGUUUCUACCGACCUUGUGUUGCUCUGAUACUGUGACGACGUCAUAUGAAGGAAAAGUAGUAGGAAAAUCAGAUUUGAUCAUUUCUAUUUUUAAAUUAUUGUUCGGGGAUAGUUUUUUCAAGGUCUGAUUAAUACAUUUCUCCAUCCAGCAAUUCUUUAUUUAUGCACAAAUCAGUGGUAUUGUUAACUGUAGUGAUUAUUAACCAGUAAAAUUUAGGAUUAUAUUGAUUCGCUGAAUUAUUUUGUGGGAUAUAGCUUUUAAUGCAUAAGUCCUGUCUGAACUGAAGAAAUAAUCUUUUGCUCAUUGCUUAUCAGUAACGUUUAAGACUGCUGACUCCACAGAGUCGCUACUAACAGAACAAAAGUCAUGAUCAUUCCUAUAAUGAUCAUGUAAAGUGUCAGUGGUCAUCGAGAAGUAGCUGUAUCGAUUAUUCGUCGUAUAUGAAUAUCCAGGUAUCCACAGAUAACCAUUUCAAUUGAGCAACUUACGAAAAAAAAUGUUAGAGUCAAAGCUUAUUCUCCUCUUACUGAUGAUGCCAAAUAGCAACUAGUCACCAUUAACGCAGAUCCUGGCAACUUCAAAUUUAAUUGACUCUCUAUUGAAUCUUAUAUACACCUCAAUCAGUUUUGCACCUGUUUUACUUUUUCCUCAUUAACGGAAUACAGUGAAGACUAUAGUUCGUAAAAUUCGACCUAGUUAAUUAAUACAAAUGGAUCUGAUUUGUGAUGUACUACGCAUAAAAUUAAGAGGAAAUCAACAUCGCCUUCUGUAUUUUGAUAAAGAGUUGAAAUAUUUACAGGACCUUAUCACAUCCACAGUUUCAAAAGGUGAAAGUAGCUCCAUAUUAAUAAUUGGUAGAAGAGGUGUUGGUAAACAUCAUAUAAUCAAAGAAGCAAUAAAAAAAGCAAAAGAAGACCCAAAUAUUGGCUCCGGGAUUUCUGAAGUCUACUUAAACGGUUUAGUUCACACAGACGACCGUUCUGCUAUGAAAUCACUAGCUAAACAACUACAUAAUGAAUCCCUAUUAAGUAAUCUAGUCCAACCAGAUCGUAAUUCAACUUCUGAUUUUCACAACAGUAUGAUAAAUUUGCCUUUCUCUCAACAGCUCAAUUCAUUUUUAAAUGAGGUCCGUCAAAAUCAUGGAACUCGAAAAGCUAUUCUAAUUGUCCUGAGUGAAUUCGAUCUUUUUGCUUUACAUCAUAAUCAGUUGUUGUUAUACAAUUUAUUCGAUUGUUGUCAAUCUCCUGAAUCUCGUAUUUGUAUUAUUGGACUAACGUGCCGUUUAGAUAUUAUGGAAUUAUUAGAAAAACGCGUUAAAUCAAGAUUUUCACACCGUCAAAUUUAUCUUACAUCACCUGGAGCACCGAUUGAGAAUACUGAUUCUUAUGCAUCUAACAACAACAAUAACGAUAAUUCACGAUCUGAACCAUUUAAUCGAUUUUGUGAAAUCUGUAAACAUUUGUUAAGUGUUGAUAUUCAUGAUCUACCACCACAAUUGUGUAAAUUGAACUCUAAAGAGCAUCGUGAAUUAGAGUUGUCAAUUAAAUCGUGGAACCAUCAUAUUGAAAAAUUAAUGCUUGAUGAAAUUGUAAUUGAUUCGUUAAGACAAGCAUGGUCCAUUUCAGUAAGCAUUAAACGUUUGAUCAAUCUGUUGAUUCCAAUAGUUGCUUCGCUUGGACCUGAACAUGAUCGUAUUGAACCAGUGCAAUUUAUAGAAUCCUUGUGUACAUUACAACAAGAUUCAAAACUCACUGCACUGAAGGGUUGUUCCGUAUUAGAGCUAUUUUUAAUUACUGCCAUGGUCAAACUUCAAGAUAUGAAUGAUGGAAAACCGGUUAACUUUGAGAGUUUGUAUUCUGAAUACUUAAAGUUUUGUCGUUCCAAUUGUCCCGGCCAUUUAUACGAUAAACCUGUUGUUAUGAAAGCAUUAGACAAUCUGAUUGACUUUGAACUGAUUAUAUCUGGUAAAGCUGCAGUCACUGCAUCCACUGGUCUAUCGACCGCUGGAUCCAACAAUAAAGCAAUUUGGAGUUCAUCUGCUUUACCAAAUUAUCGUCCAUUAUUUUGUUAUGUAGACAGUGAUACUCUCACCGCUUGUUUAGAUACUUAUCCGAAUUGUCCAGUUGAAUUGCGAUAUUGGAUACAUUCAAGGACGUUUUAAUUAAUUCCUGUUAUUUUCCACGUCUUUUUUUCGAAAAAAAAUUUCAUUACAUUAGAGUGUAAUACUAUGUGCAAUUAUAAAAAAUCCAUUCAACAGUG